GUUUUGUAACGUCGCACAUUUGUGUAUAAAACAAGAGAAGCUACCCGGCUCGUAUUCACAAUACUGCUUGGGUUUUAUUUAACUGAAAGAACAUGAUGCAUGCGACUAGUUAAAUAGGAAGUUUUUCCAGACACUUAAAAUGAAGGGACUUUUCCUAGUGGAGCCCGUGGUGGCCCUGUAUGCGUUUUCCAGUUUUCUCAUCUACCCACUUAUCCAGCAGUAUGUUUAUCGGAGGCUCUGGCAACAACUGACAAACACCACCUAUCCCAUCUUUGACAACACCUCCAGAUGUGCAGAAAACAGCAGCAGCAGCCACUCACUCCAUCAGGAGGAGGUGCAGAAGCAGGCGUCUCUCUUCUCCCUUUACUCACAGCUCCUCUCUACUAUUCCAUCUUUGAUCGUCACUCUCAUGCUGGUGGCCUACAGCGACCGGGGAGGACGUAAAAUCACCAUCAUCAUGCCUUUGAUCGGCACGUUGAUCUACACCCUAGCCUUCCUGACUGUGUCCUACUUUGAGCUCAACAUCUAUUUGCUCAUCGGCGCCUCAAUUCUCAGUUCUCUGUUUGGUGGUUUGGGCACAUUUCUCGGCGGCUGUUUUGCCUAUAUAGCAGACUUGUGCGAGGACGGUCGUCAGAAGACGCUGCGUAUGGCUGGAGUGGACAUGAUGAUCGGCCUGUUGUCCGGAGUGGCUGCAAUAUCAACAGGCUACUUCCUGAGAGCCGCAGGCUUUAACUGGCCUUUCCUAACCUCUGCCAUCUGCCAAUGUCUGAUCCUACUCUAUGCAAUUUUCAUCCUCGAAGAGACUGUGAAGAAGGCUCCUACUGGUAGCGUAGUUUUAGAUGGGCCUCCUCAGCACUCGGCCAUAAAACAGAUGCUCUUCGGGGUCUACUACAUGUUUGCACGGGCCAGCUGCAGGUGUAAAACUGUUUUGGCCCUCCUCAUGACCAUCUUUACCAGCUUCUCCUUUGCCUAUAUAGGUGGGAUCUCGCCACUGACACUAUAUGAGCUCAAUAAGCCGCUGUGUUGGAGUGAGAUUUUGAUCGGCUAUGGCUCAGCACUGUCCACCACAGUGUUCCUGGUCAGUUUUGUGGGAGUGUCUGCGUUUACAUAUUGUGGUGUGCCACAGCUGCUCAUUGUCCUGCUGGGGAUCCUGUCUGUCGCAUCAGGCAUGGUGCUCGCGGCAUUUGCCAAGACAACUUUACUGAUGUUUCUAGUGAGGAUACCAAUGCUUCUGUCGAUCAUGCCUUUCCCUGUUCUACGCUCCAUGAUCUCAAAGAUCGUCUCAAAGUCUGAGCAGGGUGCCCUGUUUGCCUGUCUUUCCUUUCUGGAGAGUUUAACCAAUAAUGUAUCCGAAGCAGUCUUUAGCAGUGUUUAUGCUGCCACAGUAGCAUGGUACCCAGGCUUCGUCUUCCUGUUGUCUGCAGGACUCUGUGCCAUUCCUUUGUUUGUCCUGGGAGUGGUGGGUCUGAUUGGAACGGAUGUUGCCAAAGAGGACAGAAGUCCAGAGCCUUCAGUUUCAGAGGAGGAGAAUCCUGUUGGAGAUCAGAACGACAGCAAUCAUCUCAUUAACUAAGCCACGUGGACUACCAAAACCUCACUCGCACUUUGUACAUUUAUUUUAAGAUAAUUUUUCUCAAAGCACCUUAAAAACUCAUGUUUUUAGGUCAAUGAUGCAGAUUAUAGUUACACCUCUCAUUUUUAUUGCUGUGGUUCUUUGUGUUGUAGCAAAUGGAUUUGAUUACAGCAUAUUUUAAAAUAUGUAUUACAUUUGCAAAAUUGUUGGAUUUGUCAAUAUGGUAGCAUAAACCUUGUCAGUGAAGGAAUAUUGAAGUGAUAUGACAUCCAGUUUAUCUAUCAGGUCUUCAGGUAAGAAUAAUUUCUGAACACUCUCAUACAUUAUAUUAUAUAUUGCAGUUUUUGUUGUUAUAUUAAUAUGUUUUCAUAUGUUUUUAUUGUGAGAAAAUAUUUGAAACGAUUGGUUUUCAGAGUUACAGGUGACACGCCUUUUGUAUCUUCUAUCCUCUCAGGUGUAGUGCAGUGUUUGUCUGUGUGUUUACAAAGUCAUCCUCUAUCACUUUAAGAACAGGGGAGGGCUAUAAUUCUAGAAAAUGCCGGUAAUGAGUUCAAAUUAAUGACAUGCUAUUAAUAACUACAUUUUUUGCUUUUAUUAUGUAUUCAGAGUCGGCUUCUCUUGGCUACUGGCAUACGUGUGAAAACCGCAGAUAUGUGCAUUUUAACGUGAAUAACACACUGAGAGUUUAUCAUCAAAAUCAUGUAGGCCAUUAUGUGGCCAAACUGAAUAUAUGCAAUCAAAUUCUCAUUUCACUGGUGAAUGUCUGUAAGAUUUUAAGGAAAACUUGCCACUUGAUACACCAUAAAGAGGCUUAUGGUUACGAUAUGACCACUCACAAAACCCAUAACUCUCCAUGUAUUAUAUCGCUUGCAUUGUUGUCACAUUACUUUAGGCCUUGGCUGAAUGAGCAUAGCCUUUCGUGUGUGAGACAUACAAGGAUGUAUAUUGAACAUUCUCUGGAAAAAACGAUUUUGAGCACAAUUGUGGUAUUUCAUAAAAUGCCAGUAGCCGCAAGAAACCAAAUCACACUUAAAAAUAAAGCUAGGAUAUGUUCUUGUUCUACAAUAAAGAUUGAUUUAAACUCAUUAACAGGUAUUUUCCUCCCAGAAGGCAUUUAUAGCCUUCCCCUACUAAGAAGGUAAUUCAUGCAAAGCAUCAAAUAUGCCGUGUGCCAUUAAUUUUGAUGACUAUAUAAAAUUGCUUAAAACAAA